AUGCAUGCGACCGUGUCGGAUAAAGUGAUCCUGGCCACAGCAGUCAUCAAAAUAAAGACGAAUUCAGGCGAUUUCGUCUUAGCCCGAGCUUUGCUGGACUCUGGGUCACAAAUUAAUUUUGUGACUGAGGAACUAGCUCAGCGGCUGCAUUUGCGUAGAGAAGACUCGUGCAUCAGCUUGCUUGGCAUUGGUGAAUCCAAUUCUCAAGUUAAGAAAAAGAUACACACUGUGGUGAAGUCGCGAGUUGGCUGCAAUGAAUACGCGAUCGAUUUAUGGAUCCUCAAAUCGAUCUCAGGUUAUCAGCCAGAUCACACUGUAAAUGUCAGUGGCUGGAAGAUACCUGACAAUAUUCAGCUAGCGGAUCCCUAUUUCUUCAAACCGCAGAAAAUUGAUCUUCUUAUCGGCGCUGAAACAUUCUUUGACCUAUUGUCCGUUGGCCAAAUCAAGCAAGGUCCAGAGUGUCCAAUCCUCCAAAAGACAAGCCUUGGGUGGAUUGUCUCGGGGCGGUACACUCCUGGUGAAAAAUCUCACCAGAAGAUGACUGUCAAUCUGAGCUAUCAGGAAGAAAGUUUGAGCUCGAUUGACAAAACCUUGCUGAAGUUUUGGACUGUCGAAGAUGUGCGCUCUCCCUCCAAAGUCCUUUCCGCUGAACAACAAAGUUGUGAAGAUCAUUUCACAAAUAAUAUUCGCACCAGCUUGGGUGCUCAUUUGAAGUUGCUAAACGGCGGUUUUGUCGUUGAAAAACGCUUAACUCGAGAUCCCGAGUUAAAGCGAAUGUACUUGGAAUUUAUGGAAGAAUAUGUAGAGAUGGGCCACAUGUCCGAAGUGAGUCACAUCCUUCCAAGUACACCACACUAUGUGAUUCCGCACCAAUGUGUAUUACGGCCCCAAAGCACUUCGACAAAGCUGAGGGUCGUAUUUGAUGCUUCGUGUCGCACUUCGACACAUAAGGCGUUGAAUGACAUUCUGAUGGUCGGGCCGACCAUUCAAGAAGAGCUGUUUUCGACUCUGCUUCGUUUUCGAUUGCAUAAAUAUGCAUUAACAGCCGACAUCAAAAAGAUGUACCGCCAAGUUAUGGUGCACGAGGCAGAUCGAAACUAUCAGCUCAUAGUGUGGAGAAAAGAUCCAUCAGACUCGUUGAGAUUAUUCAGAUUAAAUACUGUAACAUAUGGCACUGCGCCAGCGCCAUUCUUGGCCAUACGGUGUUUGAUCCAGCUGAGCGAGAUUGCGAAAUCCUCGCACCCCAUGGCAGCUGAGGUUAUCAGGCAAGACUUCUACGUUGACGAUAUGUUGACUGGUGCCGCAUGCGUCGAGGACCUGAAGACAAUUAAGUCUGAAGUGUCGCAGAUACUGCUAGGAGCAGGUUUUGAACUUGCGAAGUGGUUCUCGAAUGCUCCUGGGUUCUCCGCAUCAAACAGUACACCAAAGCCGAUAACGAUCUCCGAGACUGACGCAACCAAGACUCUAGGUGUGAUUUGGUUGCCAAAUGAAGACGUGUUCCAAUUCCGGAUCGACGAUUCAUUCAUGGGUCUUAAAGCGACAAAACGGAACAUUCGAAGAUUGAUCCGAUCACCAAUUGAACGGACGGUUCUUUGGUCAGAUUUGGAAGUCUUUCUUCAUUGA